AUGGUGUCGUUUUGCCGGAUCAUCCUCGCCGCGCUCAGUAGCCACGCUGUGCUAGCGCAAACCAUGCCGUUUGAUUCUCGAGAAGCAACAAUCGAUACUGUCCACCACGCGCUGCACUCGGGCCUAUCAACGUGUCGCGAGGUUGUGUCGUCCUUUAUUGCUCGCAUUGAGGCGCAUAAUAAUCAAACAAAUGCUAUCAUCACCUUGAACCACAAUGCUCUGAGCAUUGCCGACUCUCUGGACGAACAACUUGCGGCGGGCAAUGCAUUUGGACCACUCUUUUGUAUCCCGAUUUUGCUCAAGGACAAUUAUGACACGGCCAACAUGCCGACUACCGGAGGUGCGUUGGCUCUCGCAAAGUCGCAGCCCUUGCAAGACGCACCGACUGUGACUGCCUUCAAACGAGCUGGAGCUAUUAUCCUCGGAAAAGCGAACCUUCACGAGCUCGCCCUGGAAGGUAUCAGCGUAUCUUCACUCGGUGGCCAGACUAUCAAUCCCUACGAUUCGACACGAACGCCUGGUGGUAGUUCAGGUGGCACAGGCGCGGCUGUAGCAUCAUCAUUUUGCGUAAUUGGCACGGGGACGGAUACUGUCAACUCGCUGCGAAGUCCAGCAAGCGCGAAUUCACUGUGCAGCAUCCGACCCACAAAGGGCCUGAUCACCAGAACUGGCAUCAUUCCCAUAUCAACCACACAGGAUGUCAUUGGCCCUAUUGCGCGGUCUAUCAAGGAUGUUGCUGUCGCUUUGACGGUCAUGGCUACCACAGGAUACGAUGCUGCGGACAACGAGACUAGAUUUGUCCCACCAGAAAACCGCAACAUCGACUAUGCUGCCUCCCUAUCACACGCCUCGUUAAAAGGUCUACGCUUAGGCGUCCUCAAUGGGUUUUUCAACCGCUCCAACGGAUCUGAGGUGACACCCGUGAACAACGCAAUGGAUACGUUAAUGUCCCAACUCACGGCUCAAGGCGUCACACUCGUCCCAGUCAGCGAAUCAGUCUACAAUGCUACAGCCAUUCAAGCCUCUUACGAUGUCCAGAGAUACGAAUACCGUCAGCUUAUGGAUGAGUACUUGAAGCGCCCAUCACUCGCGGGCGAGCACCCGGCAACACUCGACGAAUUGUACUCGCGCAAAGCAUCCAAUGGGUCUGGCGGAGAGUUCCUUGUCCUCCCAUCCCAAUAUGAAUACGUAAAUACUGCACUUGUCUCAUCAACCAGUAAUGCAACCUACGCCACGCGUCAGGCAGGUAUUCGCAAUCUUACCCUUGCGCUUCUCAAUACGUUUGCCUCUAACAAUCUCGACGCGAUCAUCUACCCCGAACAGAAGAAUCUCGUCGUCAAGCUCGGCUCGCCAUCGCAAACAGGUCGCAACGGCAUUUUAGCCGCGCUCACUGGCACACCCGUUGUCACCGUUCCAGCAGGCUUCAGCGAAGCGACGGAAGACGCGCCCAUUGGUGUGCCCAUUGGUAUGGAGAUCUUGGGUCGCCCAUUCGAGGAGGAGAAGCUGCUGGGUAUUGGCUAUCAAAUCGAGCAAUUGACUAAAAUUCGCAAAUCGCCGGUAUUUGCCAAUGAGGUCCUGGAGGUUCCGGAAUAUAAGAGUGUGCCAGUUGUUACGCCAAAUCGGGGAAACAUACCGAGUGCGUAUUCGGUGGGGACUUUACAGUAA